AUGUCCGUCGAAGGCGUCCGCGUGCUCGGCAAGAUCGAGGGUGAGCAGGCUUCCAUCCUCACCCCCGAGGCGCUCAAGUACCUCGCUGUGCUCCACCGAUCGUUCGAGAGCACUCGUCAGUCGCUCCUCAAGGCACGAUCGCUCCGUCAGUCGAGGUUCGACGGCGGCGCUCUGCCCGACUUCCUCCCCGAGACCGCCCACAUCCGAAACAACCCUACUUGGCAAUGUGCUCCCCCCGCACCUGGUCUUCGUGACCGCCGAGUCGAGAUCACGGGCCCCGUCGACAAGAAGAUGGUCAUCAACGCUCUCAACUCGGGCGCCUACACCUACAUGGCCGAUUUUGAGGACUCGACCUCCCCUACCUGGGCCAACCUCAUGGACGGUCAGGUCAACAUGCGUGCCGCUAUCCACCGCACCAUUGACUUCAAGCAGAGCAACGGCAAGGAGUACAAGCUCAAGCCCCUGGGACAGACGGCUGUCCUGCUCGUCCGCCCUCGUGGCUGGCACUUGAACGAGGAGCACAUUGUCGUCGACGGCAAGCCCAUGUCGGGUUCGCUCGUCGACUUCGGUCUCUACUUCUUCCACAACGCCCACGAGCUCGUCCGAACCGGCUUCGGUCCUUACUUCUACCUGCCCAAGAUGGAGAGCCACCUGGAGGCUCGUCUUUGGAACGACGUGUUCAACCUCUCGCAGGACUACAUCAAGAUGCAGCGCGGCACCAUCCGUGGCACCGUCCUCAUUGAGACCAUCACGGCCGCCUUUGAGAUGGACGAGAUCCUGUACGAGCUGCGCCAGCACUCGUCGGGUCUCAACUGUGGUCGAUGGGACUACAUCUUCUCGUUCAUCAAGCGUCAGCGCUACAACAGCGGCUCGAUCCUCCCCGACCGUGCGGCUGUGACCAUGACGUCGCCGUUCAUGCAGGCGUACGUCAACCUGCUCAUCCAGACGUGCCACAAGCGUGGUGUUGCCGCGAUUGGUGGUAUGGCUGCUCAGAUUCCCAUCAAGGACAACCCGCAGGCCAACGACGCUGCCAUGGAGAAGGUGCGUGCUGACAAGCUGCGCGAGGUGCAGGCGGGUCACGACGGCACCUGGGUUGCUCACCCUGCCCUUGUCAAGAUCGCCCUCGAGAUCUUUGACAAGAACAUGCUGGGUCCCAAUCAGUACCACGUCCGUCGCGAGGAGGUCAAGGUGUCUGCGCUCGACCUGCUCAACUCGAACGUCCCCGGUCAGAUCACCGAGGCGGGUGUGCGUUCCAACGUGGCCGCUCUGCUUGUUUACUGCGCCAACUGGCUCAACGGUCUCGGCUGUGUGCCCGUUGCCAACAUGAUGGAGGACGCGGCUACGGGUGAGAUCUCGCGUCUGGGUCUCUGGUCGUGGGUGUACCACAAGCAGAAGACCGCCGAGGGCAACGAGAUCACUCCUGCCUACGUCGACCGCAUCCUGGACGAGGAGGCGGCCAAGGUGUCCAAGAUCGGCGCCAGCGUCGAGAAGGCCAAGCGCUACAUUGCUGACCAGGUCCGCGCCCCGGCUCCGGAUGAGUUCUUGACCUCGGCCCUCUACUCGCACCUCCCCCACCAGCACGCCCCCGCCCGCAUCUGA